UUAUAUCAUGAACGUUUUUGGUGUGUUUGAAAUAAUCCUCUCCGGCUCGGAAAGAACUCAAGCGGUAUUUUUAAAAGAUGUACAUCCCCGAGCGGAAGUGUCUUUCCUGCUAGCCCCCCUGCCCCUCUCUGAAAACGGAGCGUGCUGAGUACGUACUGUAUUACUCAUAGGUUCAGCCCUUCUGGGUGCAUCUUCGUGAUCUGGAUUCACACGCGAGCUAUAAAGCCCCGAGGCGACCAAAACACCUGCAAAUAAGUCACGUUAGCCUGGGAAGGCAACACUUGGCCGCGUGAUUUCCAACCCAGCAAACUGACUUGGUCGACCCCCCCCCGCCUGCUUGCCUUCCAUAUUGGAGAAGAGGAGGUGGUGGCAGCGGUGUGACUCAUGCCUGCGUCGGAGCAGACCAACCGGCGAUUCAGGCUUUAAAAAAGCAAAUCCAAGUACUUGUGGCAAAAGGUCAUAUCGAAUUAAAUUCCGAGGCGCGAUUGGUAUUCCGACGUCGUUUCUCGCGGAGUUUAUAAGCGGCGACUCCCUCCCAAGGUUAGAAUUCCCCUGGCUUUUUGGACACUUGGAGUAAGUGUGGGUUUGCUCGCUCUCCUCCGCGUAAAUUCUUUACUGUCCAUCCACCAGAGAAAUAUUGGAGGAAAACACGGGACCAAAGGACUUUGACUUUCUGAAGUGAUGGCAUCCUCUGCUCCAUCCUCCUCCAACGCCAAUCAGGACUCCAACCCCACUAAUUUACGACCCACAACUUACGACAACUGGUGUGAUGUGGCUCAUGGAUGUACCAGAAAAAUUGGUCUCAAAAUAUGUGGGUUCUUGCAAAGGAACAACAGCCUGGAAGAUAAGAGCCGGAUUGUGAGCUCUCUCAAAGAAAGGCAAUCUUCCAAGAACCUGCUGGCUUGUGAGAACAGCGAGAGGGAAGCCAGGUUCAGGCGGGCCGAGACAGACUUCUCCAAUUUAUUUGCUAGAGAUUUGCUGCCUGCCAAGAAUGGCGAGGAGCAGACCAUGCAGUUCCUGCUGGAGGUGGUUGACAUUCUCCUGAACUACGUGAAGAAGACGUUCGACAGGUCCACCAAAGUCCUGGACUUCCAUCACCCGCACCAGCUGCUGGAAGGGAUGGAGGGCUUCAACCUGGAGCUCUCGGACAACCCCGAGUCCCUGGAGCAGAUCCUGGUGGACUGCAGGGACACGCUGAAGUACGGAGUCAGGACAGGUCAUCCUCGUUUUUUCAACCAGCUUUCCACUGGACUGGAUAUUAUUGGCUUGGCUGGUGAAUGGCUGACAUCAACUGCAAAUACUAACAUGUUUACAUAUGAGAUUGCACCUGUUUUUGUCCUCAUGGAGCAAAUAACGCUUCGAAAGAUGAGAGAGAUUAUUGGAUGGUCAAAUAAAGAUGGUGAUGGAAUAUUCUCACCUGGAGGGGCUAUAUCCAAUAUGUACAGCGUAAUGGCUGCUCGCUACAAGUAUUUCCCUGAAGUCAAAACUAAAGGCAUGGCUGCAGUUCCUAAACUGGUUCUCUUCACUUCGGAACAUAGUCACUACUCAAUAAAGAAAGCUGGGGCUGCACUUGGGUUUGGAACAGAAAAUGUGAUUUUGAUAAAAUGCAAUGAAAGAGGGAAAAUAAUACCAGCUGAUUUGGAAGCCAAAAUUCUGGAAGCUAAGCAAAAGGGACAUGUUCCACUUUAUGUAAAUGCAACCGCAGGCACAACAGUGUACGGGGCCUUUGAUCCAAUAGAGGAGAUUGCAGACAUUUGUGAAAAAUAUAACCUCUGGCUCCAUGUAGAUGCGGCUUGGGGAGGUGGACUUCUAAUGUCCAGGAAGCAUCGUCAUAAACUGAAUGGAAUAGAAAGAGCCAAUUCGGUCACAUGGAAUCCACACAAGAUGAUGGGAGUUUUGUUACAAUGUUCGGCCAUUCUGAUUCGGGAAAAGGGUAUACUUCAAGGUUGCAAUCAGAUGUGUGCAGGAUAUCUGUUCCAGCAAGAUAAACAAUAUGAUAUAUCCUAUGACACUGGAGAUAAAGCAAUACAAUGUGGUCGUCAUGUGGACAUUUUCAAAUUCUGGUUGAUGUGGAAAGCUAAGGGUACAGUAGGAUUUGAAAAUCAGAUCAACAAAUGUCUGGAAUUGUCAGAGUACCUCUAUACUAAAAUUAAAAACAGGGAAGAAUAUGAGAUGGUUUUUGAUGGAGAGCCUGAACACACAAAUGUAUGUUUCUGGUACAUUCCUCAGAGUCUCAGGGGCAUACCAGACUCUGAGGAGAGAAGAGAAAAGCUACAUAGGGUGGCACCAAAAAUCAAAGCUCUGAUGAUGGAGUCAGGUACCACAAUGGUUGGAUAUCAGCCACAGGCAGAUAAAGUCAACUUCUUCCGAAUGGUUGUCUCAAACCCGGCGGCAACUAAGUCUGACAUUGACUUCCUCAUUGAAGAAAUAGAAAGAUUGGGGCAGGAUCUGUAAUACUCUUGGCAAACUAUUCCUCUAGUCCACUGUUUUCCAGCUAUUUUUUACCCAGUUCUGCAGAACACCCUUUAAGGAAAUUCCCUUUCUAAAUGUUCCGCUCUCACUCAAAAAUCUGUAGGUUACUGCAGAGGUGCUGGAACAAUUUGUAUACUGGGGGUGCUGAGAGCCAUUGAACCAAACUGUAAACCCAGUAUAUGAU